CUCGGUGGUUUUGUCUGUGGUUUUGUUUGUUGAUCAUGGAGGAUUGAUUGUAUCUUUCGUUUUAAAAUCAUUUUAAUAUACUAAAAAUUGCUCAAAAUAUUACAUUAUGGGAUCAGCCAGUAAGUUACCUGGUACUGGUUUAGAAGAUGUUGGAGUACCCGGACAAACUUUUCUGCGAGAUGCUCUAACAAGUUGCACCGAUCCGCUAAAAGCAAUCGAAGAGUUUCAACUCGAGAACGGUAUCCUGCUUCCUUCAUUGAGACCCAUGCUGCCGUUACUCGAUCUGCACGGUGUCCGUCGGCUAGAUUUUCAUACAUCCGUAUUGGAAGAAUUACGAGAUAAGCUCAUAUCACACAUUAACGAAAUGGGCACUAAGGAUAAAAAGGAACACGAGAAAAAACUCAAGGAGCUACUCUCCAAAAGCUUCCCUGUGGUCAAAGUGAAGGCUAUCAGACCAAUUAUUAUGAGUAUUCUAAAGAACACGCCGCACAUUGAUGAUAAAUAUUUAAGAGUACUUGUUCGUGAUAGAGAUUUGUACAAUGAUACAGAUACAGAGGUAAAGAGACAAAUCUGGCAGGAUAAUCAGUCCUUAUUUGGUGAUGAAGUGUCCCCACUGCUGAGUCAAUACAUUAGAGAGAAAGAGAACGUAUUAUUUGAUCAUGAAAAUUUAAAUAAUCUUUUUUUCUCUCCUUCACCAAAAGUGAGAAGACAAGGGGCAGUUGUACAGAAGCUAGCACAUAUGGUGGGCACCAGCAUAAAACUGUACGAUAUGGUUCUUCAAUUUCUCCGUACACUGUUCCUCAGAACUAGAAAUGUUCAUUAUUGUACUCUGAGAGCUGAACUUCUCAUGGCCCUACAUGAUGCUGAAGUACAGGAUAUAAUAUCUGUUGAUCCAUGUCACAAGUUCACGUGGUGCUUAGACGCAUGCAUUAGAGAAAGAAAUGUGGACAUUAAAAGAUCUAGAGAACUUCAAGGUUUCUUGGAUAGUAUUAAGAAAGGACAGGAGCAAGUACUGGGUGAUCUCUCUAUGACCUUGUGUGAUCCAUAUGCAGUUAACUUCUUGGCUACUUCAGCGAUAAAGAUACUGCAACAUUUAAUUAACACAGAGGGGCUUCCCAGAGAUAAUACAAUUUUGAUUCUUUUAUUGAGAAUGUUAGCACUCGGUUUGAGUGCUUGGGAAAUUAUUGAUUCUCAAGAUUUCAAAGAGCCAAAGCUUGAUAGUCAAGUGGUCACAAAGUAUUUACCAGCCUUAAUGUCUUUAAUGGUCGAUGACCAGGUACGGGCAUUGCAUAACAAAUUACCACCUGAUGAAAGAGAGUCUGCUAUCACAACAAUAGAGCAUUCUGGUCCACCUCCAGAUGCUUGCGAAGCUUACAUGCGAGAGAGCUCAGUAUGUGGUGUCCUAGCUAUGUAUUACACACUUCAUGCAGCCAAACUACGAGACAGAGGAGCCAUAUUAAGGAUCUUGAGUAUUUUAGGCAGCUGUAAAGAUGGUAGAGCUUACGAGGAUCCAUUCUUACAUGCAAUUGUCGCUUUACUGAUACAAUUACCUGAUGAAUUUCAAGGGGAAGACUUCAGUACUGUUUUAUUUGAUGAAUUCUUCUUUGCUGGGCUUGCAAGGGACAAUGUAACCAGGCAUUUACUAAAGCUUUUAUGGUACAUACAUCCCAAGUUGCCAGAGACAAGAAUACAGACUUUGAUGAAGGCUUUACAGCCUGGGGCUCAGCACAAUGAGUCUGUGCAUAAGUUAUAUGAAUCUCUGCAGCUGAAAAUGCAUACACAGGUGGAACCAGUUGCGAGCACUAGUGAGAUGGAAUAUUUGGACUCUCCGUUGAUGAGUGUCCCAACUCCUGCACCUUAUCACAUUAUUUAGUUUUAAAAUUCAAUUACACAACUAUAUUCAACACAUACUUUAAUAUUCAUAGUUGACUAUUAAAUUAUAGCAAAAGAGUUCUUAGUUUUCAA